AUGUGGAUCAACCAAUACGUGAUUAGACAUUAUCGACCGACAAAUAUGACGAAUAAAAUGUGUGCUAAAAGCGUUUUCCAUUGGACUAAUGAGACUAUUAAUAUUUGGAGUCAUCUACUCGGUUUUAUAUACUUUACCUAUUGUCAAUAUGAAAUGAACGCGUAUCGUAUCCCGCUGAUGGGCGGUCAUUUUCAAGAUCAUCUUGUCAUAUCACUCUCGAUAUUUGGAGCUCAGGGUCGGUGUAUGUUGUUUUCGGCCGCUUAUCACACUUUCUGUUGUGCAAAUGAGAAGAAGCGUCAAAAAUUCCUGAAACUUGACAUUUUUGGAAUCUCCGCUGGUCUACUCGGAGAUGAUCACCUAGAGACUUACGUCUAUAUGCUGCUGUCGAUCUUCCUCAUCACCGCUUAUGUGCCGACACGUGAAGAUUUCUUCGAUAGAAAGAUAGUCGGUUCUCGAAUUGGCUACUUACAUAUUAUCUACACAUCAAUCAUCAUUUUCGGAUUCUGCCCAACCACCCAUUGGGUCUACUUACAUGGUGGUCUGGCCAAUGGUCAUGUGGCUAACUGGUUGAUCGAUAUAUUCAUACUUUACGGCUUGAUAGCAUUAGCUUUCUUCUUCUAUGUGACCCUCAUUCCGGAACGCCUUUCUCCGGGUUCGUUCGACCUCGUUGGAUGUUCGCACCAGUGGUGGCACAUAUUCAUUUUAUCAGCGAUGGUGUUCUGGCAACGUGCAGGUGUCGAUCUUGCUUGCAUUCUAUCGUAUGAACGAGUCGUCAUGUCGUGA